AUGGUGGAUGUGCAGUGUCUGAGUGACUGUGAACUGCACAAGCAACUGGAGAAGCUUGGAUUUUCAGCGGGCCCGAUACUGCCUUCCACCAGAAAAGCGUACGAGAAAAAGUUAGUGCAAUUGUUGGUCUCGCCUCCCUGUGAACAACCUGCCAUGAAGAGACCCAAAAAACUGCAUGGAUCUGACCACAGCGAUGGCAGCGAAGAUCCAGCGGUAAAUAUCAUUUUGAAAGGAAAUUUCAAUUUCUCGAAAGACAAAGGCAAGGAAUGCAAAAAUAGACGAGACGCUUCUAAUAAUAAAAGAAGAAUCCUAGACAUCUACUACCUGAGCCAGAAGCCCACAAAGGUGGUCAGGCAUGCUGCAAGACCAAACCCAAGGAUGGAGAAUGGCUGUGUCACCGAAGAGAACUGCUACCAGGGGAACCCGAGCCUGGAGAGCAGCUUCCCAUGCCAGAACCCCGAGAACAGCUUCCCAUGGAGCUUGAAGCUGGCCAUCUUUGGCAUUUUCAUCAUUGUGUUGUUUGUCUACAUAACUGUGGAAAAGAAGCCGCUCUUGCGUUAA